UUUUUUUCUUUUUCUUCCUUUGUCAUUUAAUUAAUUUCUAGCCGACUGUUUCAGUUUAUCUUGAUUUUGCUGUCCUGUUUUGCUUUCAUUAAGAGAAGAUAACACAAGAUCAUCUGAGUUUAGAAGCCAUCUAAUGCCUUAAUGGCUUGCCAGAUAUAUUGGUUGAUUUUGAUGGGGCUUUUCUGUGUUCGCUGCGAAGUAUCUGAGCCUGUAGAUACGAUGUGCACUGAGGUUAUAGCCAACAAAAGCUAUAGCUGUGAAGAUUUAGGACUGAGAGAGAUUCCUGAAAGACUUCCAGCCACAACAGAAAUCCUUGACUUCAGCUUUAAUUUGCUUUCUUCCCUUCACAAUUCAACCUUCAGCAAGCUAAAGAAUCUGGUAUAUUUAGACUUAACAAGGUGUCAAAUUAAUUGGGUGUACGAAGGUGCCUUUCAAAGCAAUGCUUAUCUGAACGUUAUUGUCUUGACUGGAAAUCUACUCAUGUUUCUGGCUGACACAGCAUUUGUUGGCCCACAGUCUCUGAAGCAUCUUGUCUUAACUCAGACAGGUCUAACCAGCUUAGCAUUUAUUCCAAUGCAGAAUCUGGAUAAUUUAGAGACUUUUGACUUGGGCAGCAAUCAUAUCUCUUCACUGCAGCUCCCUCCAAGCUUUCCAAUCAGAAACCUCAAAUACCUUGAUUUUCAAAUGAACAACAUACAAAGAAUAGCAGCAAAAGACAUAGAUAUUCUGCUAAAGACAAAGAAUUUAACUCUGAUCUUGAAGGGCAAUGAUAUUAUACACAUUGAAGCUGGGGCGUUCCAGUCCAACUUAUUUUACAGCUUGGACUUUGGAGGUUGCAUUGACAUUUCUGUGGUUUUAGCAGGGAUGCAGAAAACCAGAAUCCAUACUCUUUGGUUGGGGACAUUUGAGGAUGCAGAAAAUGGGCUUCCCAUAAACUCUACUAUGCUUCUGAACCUGUGCAAUAUCUCUGUGGUGGAUAUCAGUCUGCAAAAGCGGCAUUUCCUUCAUUUGACUGCUGCCACAUUUCAGUGUUUGAGCAAACUCCAAAGGCUAGAUCUGACUCACACCUACAUCAGCAUGUUACCUCCUGACAUCAGUGGCAUGAACAUGUUGGAAGAAUUAAUUCUCAAUAGGAACGCCUUUAAGCACAUGUGCAACAUUAGCUCCACCGCCUUCCCCUCCCUCACCCACCUCCAUAUCAGAGAAAAUGCUGAGAAUCUGGACUUAGGCUCUGGCUGUUUAAAAACACUGUCAAAACUUCAACAUCUGGAUUUAAGCCACAGUUACAUAGAAAAUUUAGACUGCUGCAGCAACCAGCUAAAAGGCCUGAGUGGAUUACAGCACCUGAAUCUGAGCUACAACAAGCAGCUUCAGCUCCAAGAUUUGGCCUUUAAGGAAGGUGCUAACCUGGAGCUCCUGGAUUUAGCUUUUACACGUCUUCACAUCAAUGCUUCCCAGGGUCCUUUCCGCAAUCUGCAUCUCUUGCAUGUCCUGAACCUUUCUUAUUCCUAUAUCGAUACCAACAUUCAGCACCUUUUACAGGGGCUGCAAAACCUUUUCCUGUUGAACCUUAGGGGGAAUAAGUUUCAGUCAGGGACCAUUCUGAAUGGAAAUCUCUUUCACCAGGUACCCAGUUUAGAGGUGUUAAUUUUAUCAUUCUGUGAUCUGACAGCUAUACAAAACCAAGCAUUUCACACCCUCAAGAAUCUAAAGCAGGUUGACCUGAGCCACAACAAGCUUAUUGCAUUCAGCACAGAUGCAUUUUCCAAUCUCAAGAGCAUCUAUCUCAAUUUUGCCAAUAAUAUGAUCCAUAUUAUACCACGUGACAUGUUAACUAACUUAUCCGGCCAGAGUAUAAUCAAUUUAAGUUACAAUCCACUGGAAUGCACCUGCUCUAAUAUUGGUUUAAUAACUUGGUACAAGCAGAAUAUGGAUAAAAUUGAAGACCCUGAAGGGACAGUGUGUAGUGAGCCCAAAGCUCUAGCAGGUGCUAAGCUGUCCACUGUAACACUCUCCUGUGGGAUCAGUGUUGCAGGAAUUGUUUGCACUGUGCUGGGUUUGAUAUUGCUUGUUGCUGUUAUCUUGGUUUGGGUCACAUGCUUUUUAAAGAGAAAUUACCAGCAACUCUAAGUGAAAGAUGGCUCCACAACAGUCAUUUUUAAAUAAAGGAAGAAAGGACAGUUACUAGACAGAUUCUGAAGAAAAGAUAAUUGUUCCUACUUGUUGCUUUGUUCCUGGGCAAUACGCCUUUUAACAUUAGUAUUGCAUGCCCCGUUCACAUUCUUAGCAAUUGAUUAAAGAAAAAUUACUAUGAAAAAACAAACCAGGGCCAGAUCCUGUGAAGAACUUUAGCCACACAAGUAACAUAGUAGGGCCCUGAUCUAUGACAAGGGCUCCUAGGCUCUCUGGUAAUACAAACAAUAAUAAAUAGUCCCAUUGAAGUCUGCCACUAGUCCUCAACUAUAAGCUAGCACUGGGGCCUCAGGCAGCUGAGUGAGCUAGGGGAAUGUCACCAAGGAGGAAAGGCGUGAGAAAUGAAGUGGGAAUACUGGUUCCCCCAAAUGAAUGGGCUGCUCUGAAGUCAGAAUUUAGAAACCGGUGCUAUCUGAAUGGCUGAGGCAAUAGCACAGCUGGUCCUGCACACAUGGUUGCUCUAAAAAAAAAUUAGACUGGCCUCUUUCCUGAUCAUUGUUCACUGAAUCACUGGGUGUAGGUGAGAUGCAGGGCUUUAUUUCUUGCCCCCAAACGUGGUGGGCAAGGGUUUGUGGGGAAUCAGGGGCAGCUUAUAGGGGGAAAUCAGGGCAAUCUGAGGAACUUUGCAGUCAGUGGCCAGAAGGGAACCUUUAUCAGGGAAUAUCUAGGCACAAUAGUUCAUGUCUUGUCUACUAGCCUGUCAUCCAUAUCUCUUCCAUACAGGGGCGGCUCCAGGCACCAGCGCAGCAAGCAUGUGCCUGGGGCGGCAAGCCGCGAGGGGCAGCCUGCUUGUCGCUGUGAGGGCGGCAAUCAGGCAGCCUUCAGCGGCACGCCUGCGGGAGGUCCGCUGGUCCAGCGGCUGCGACGGCAAUUUGGCGGCGGGUAUGCCGAAUCUGCGUUACCAGCAGACCUCCCGCAGGCAUGCCACCGAAAGCUGCCUGACUGCCGUGCUUGGGGCGGCAAAAUACAUAGAGCCACCUGUGCUUCCAUAUUAACUCCUCCUCCUCCCUUAGCUCCUGUCCACUUCCUUUCCCACCGAUAGCCCCUCACCUUUUCCUCAAUAGCUCCUGGCACCCCUUUCCACCUCUCACCCCACCAUUUCCCCCCCAUCAGCAGCUCAACCCCCCUGCUGCAGCACUGACCGUGCUGCAGCCAGUUCCUCCUCUCUACUGGGCCUGGAAAAGCAGGAGGAAUAGAGCAGGCAGAGAGGCUGCAGGUACAUGAGAGAGGGGGCCGGUGUGUGUGUGUCACAGGACCUUUAUGCAUUUUGCAGUACUGAACAUGUGAUGAUUUAAUGAGUAAAUAUUGUUUAUUUUCUCCAUAUACUAAUUGUGGAGCAUUUGUAACAGGGGUCGUGACAAUGAGAAUGCACCUUCACAGCUGGGCUUGUAUGGGGGGAAAUAACUGAGCCAACAAUGCAGCUGUGAUUGUGAAAUGCAGUAAUAAUGACAGCCAGGGCCAGGCAUUUCCUGAAAGUUGAUGGCCAGCUGUUUUCAAUUCCUCCAACUGCCAGGAAGUGCCCAAAGCUGGAGGUCAUUACUGUUCAAAUGAGUCACUCUCCUCAGAGCAGAGAAGUCCUGUGGAUCCUUAUCUGUAAUGCCCUUUACUGAGGGGCUAGAGAGGAUUCAAUCACUCACAGGUUAAUUUCUCAGCCAGCAGGAGCCCCAUCCCACCUCCCGGCUCCUGCUUCCACUCCCCAGGCAAGCAGCACCCUUCCCUCUCUCUCUGAGGGGGGACCAGGGAGAGCUAAAUAGGUUUCCUUGUGGCUCACAGCCCCCCUAACUUCCCUGCUUCUGGCAUGUUGCAGGUUCUCCCAAUUCAACCUGCCUCCCGUCUGCUGGUUCAUGGACUGAGGGAGGGGUCAGGAAUAUGCAGCAAAAAGAUGGGUCAUGUCAAGAGGUCAGAUAAAGUGAAGAGGGAGGGAGAUUUCUGUGUGGGGACCAUCUCCACCCAAACCUCACCUUGCCAUUCAAGCAGCCAGAAAUUCUCCUUGCUCCCCAGGACCACUCCUCAGCUGAAAUCACAGAUAUCACAGUUAUAUGUUGCACUUACAUAACACCUUUUGUCAGAGGAACUCAGAGGUUAGUCUCACCUCCCCUUGACAGAUGCAUGAACGGAGGCAGAGAGGUUAAGAAACUGGCCUCAGGUCACAUAAUAUGUCAGUGGCAGAGGUGGGGAAAGCACCCACAUACCAUGAAUCCCAGUUUUUCUUCUCAGUUUUGGUUUCAAUGCUCUGCAGUGCACUAUUGUAGUGGCAUGGGCAGUGGGAUGAGAUAGUUGCUCAAGUACCCAGGGUCCAGAGCAGGAUUGUAUUCAGAGCCGCUAGCCCCUCCCACUUCCUGCACCAUUGAGGCUACUCUGCUAUUUUUAGUGCACUAGCUUGAUCAAAGCUGAUUCACAUACGUCUACCGAGCUGGAAUUUACACCUCCAACUCAAGUGUAGACAUGACCACAGAAAAAAUGACAAACUAGCAUACAAGAAACGAAGACCUUAGGGAAUACAAGAUGAUAUUCAGUCCAGAAUCAUGAAUGUGUGUUUGCAACUCUUGAUAUUUUAAAAUACGCUCCAAAUAUUGCAGGCAUUGUACCAAUUUUUCAGAUGUAUUAGUAAAUUUGCCGCUUUUUGUACAAAUUCUAUUGGGUACCUAACUUUAAAAUGUGCUUUCUACAUUGAAAAAAGAUGCAUGCAAGAUUAAUAAAUAAAAGGAUUUUU